AAGUGGGUGUGAGUUUGUGGGACAGGCAAGUCUUAUUACAGGGCGGGAGCAAGAAACAAGAUUUUGCUUCGAAAAGAGAAAAAAAACAAACCAGCCCAGGAGUGAUGUGAUUCUAUUUGUUACCCUCACUCCUUCAUAUCUGUCCUGUGUGGGCCAGACUGGUCCCUUCCCUGCCGGCUCCUAUACACUAAACCUGCCAAAAUGACCAGCUACUCCACCAACAUGAGGAUUAAGUUGCCCUUAUUCUGCCUCCUCCUCCAGUUCAUCACUAUCAUCCUCUUCGCUGUAUUCGUGCGAUACGACCACGAGUCCGAUGCCAGGGGCUGGCACGAAGAACUGAACAACCACAGCUCCUCCAACGCUGACAACGACUUCUACUAUCGCUACCCAAGUUUUCAAGAUGUCCACGUGAUGAUCUUCAUUGGCUUCGGUUUUUUGAUGACGUUCCUCAAGCGCUAUGGUUUCAGCAGCGUGGCCUUUAACUUCCUCAUCGCAGCUUUUGGCCUGCAGUGGUCAACCCUCAUCCAAGGCUUCUUCCAUGGCUUCCAUGAUGGCAAGGUUCACGUUGGUAUAGAGAGCAUGAUUAAUGCUGAUUUCUGCACUGGAGCCGUCCUCAUCUCCUUCGGGGCAGUACUAGGGAAGACCAGCCCAGUCCAACUGAUCAUAAUGACCCUGGUUGAAGUGACCCUAUUCGGUAUCAAUGAAUAUAUCAUUCUAAACAUUGUCGGGGCUAAGGAUGCUGGUGGAUCAAUGACCAUACACACUUUUGGAGCCUACUUCGGCCUGAUUGUUUCCAGAGUGCUGUAUAGAGAGGACCUGGAGAAGAGUCGGCAGAGGGAAGGGUCUGUCUAUCACUCUGAUCUCUUUGCUAUGAUUGGGACCAUCUACCUUUGGAUGUUCUGGCCCAGCUUCAACUCUGCCGUCACAGCUCAUGGAGAUGACCAACACCGCACUGUAAUGAACACGUACUACUCACUUGCUGCCUGUACCCUGGCCACGUUUGGUUUCUCAGCUCUGCUUAACGGGGAAGGAAAACUGGACAUGGUUCACAUCCAGAAUGCUGCCCUAGCAGGGGGUGUUGCAGUUGGAACCUCUGGUGAAAUGAUGCUGACCCCCUUUGGUGCCAUGAUUGCAGGGACACUCGCUGGCAUGAUCUCUGUCCUUGGAUACAAAUACCUAACUCCAGUUCUAGACUCCAAGCUGAAGAUUCAAGAUACCUGUGGGGUGCACAACCUCCAUGGAAUGCCAGGAAUCCUGGGGGCAAUCAUUGGAGCUAUUGUGGCGCUCUUCGCAACGGCAGAUAUCUAUGGUGAUGGGAUGGGUGACGUCUUCCCAUUGAUUUCUGAUGGCAGUCGCACAGCCAAGCAGCAAUCUCUCUACCAGUUCCUGGCACUGCUGGUAGCUUUGGGAUUUGCCAUCAUUGGAGGAACUGUUGUAGGAUUCAUUUUGAAGUUGCCAAUCUUUGGAACUCCCUCUGAUGCCGAAUGCUUUGAAGAUGCAAUUUACUGGGAGGUACCAGGAGGAGAGGGGCACCAACAACUGACUGUUGUGGUUAACAACGAGGACCCAGAUACUCAAGCGUAAAUUUGCCCUGAAUAAAUGAAAUGUUUCCAUACUUCUUCCAUGGUUCCAGAGUGGUCUUCAUGGCUGUUGCUUCACUACUGCCAAUUGCAGCAGCUGCCACGGAACAUCAUCAUCCUCUUGGUGCUAUCAAGCUGAACCUCAGAUGAGAACUUUCAAGGAUUAAACAAUUUUUCAAUUUGCCACCCCUCCCCUACCUACCACCUUACCCGAAUGUUAGACAGAGCACUGUGUACAUUGUGCAGCUUCUACAAUCAGCAGAGCCUUCUUGUCCCUCGAGAAGAAGCCAACUACUAUGUUAUGUGUGUUAUAUAUCCUCUAUAUGAGCUCAACUUUACUGGUGCAACCAACUGCAGCUCCAAAGUAUUUAACCAAGAAAAGGACACUAGGAACUAACCAUUUUUUAUGUUUGUUUUUUUAUUGCUGUACACUUUUAUGAAAAUGAAAUUAGUGCAGUUUGUAGGCACUGUUAAAAUCUCUAAUACACGCAACUUGUUGUCUCUUAUGGAAACAUCAGUGGGAUGUUAUACAUACAGAAGGGUGCUGGGGAUACUUGGGUAAUAAGAAGCAAGAUGGCACAUGAUGCUCUUUUGGAUGGUACCCUGGGCUUGUGGGAUUUUUAUGGAAGGCGAGGGGCACAAGGCUAGUUAUUCAAGUAUUUUGGGGGUACCCAACAUAUUGUACCCCAUCAAUCUUCAAUUCUCUAUUAAGCUUUGCUGUGCUUUAUACAAAAAAAGAGUUUAAAGCUAAACAAAGGACCUAAGAAUAUAGAUUCUCAACUAUGGUUUCUCCUUCAAAGGUUAGAUGCUCAUGACUUUACCCUCUAUACAGCCAUCUUCCCCUAUACAAUAUCACAUAUAUCUAUAUAAGUGUGUGUGUAUUCAGUUGCCAUCAGAAGAGCCUGACACAUACACAUUGUCCUGCUCAUGGACUUCCCAGUGGUGUUUUUCUGAGAAACUCAGAGCCUUUGAAACAUAUUGCUGGACCAUAAGGCACCUAGGCAGAUUGGCAGAAUAGAGAUGCACCACUGAGUCAAGCUGCCAAUCACAUUCAGGGAUUCUCUACCAGUCACAUUCUCCAGGCAUGAGCCAAGGGUAUCUCAUAUUAUACCUUCCAUAAUUUCCUGAUAUAUAUAUGGGGAAGUUUUAAACAGCACUUGACCAAAGAACAUCUCCAGUUCAUACUCAACCAUGACCCAACCGAGUCCCAUCCAAACUCCACCAAGGUUGGAAUAAGCUCUUCCCUUUUUCAUGUCUGGGUUACUGGGCAGAUCAGUUCCUAGCUUAAUAAAACAAUGGAAGGAGGAUUGCACUCAUACAUCAUAUCUAAAGGUUACAAUAAGGCUGCACAUUUUAAAGCCUUUGUCGUUCCUAAAACAGAGUAAAAGAUAUUAAAAACAGGAAAUGUUUAGAUAAAGAUUUAGACCGUUUUGGGACUAAAGUAAUAAUUGUCACAAAGUUUGCACCAGAUAUUGUAACCCCUGAGCAACCAAUCAGAUGCGGGCCUUCAUACAGGUGACCAGUAAGAUGCUACCAGUUGCUUGGUUGCUAUGGGUUACAAGACCCUGUGCAUGGGUCCUAAUGUGCUGUGUUUGCUCUCCUGACCCCCCUCCCCCAACAUACUAUGUGCCACCCCCUUUAUUAAAGCAAGCAUAUAGGCUGUACAGAUAGAAUAGAUAGCGUUAUUAUGACAUAUAUACAGUUUUAAUAGAAGAUAUUUAGGUAGGUAGAUAUUCUAAACUGACAUGUCAUGGACAUAAAGACAAGUGUGAUGUUUUCUCGGCUAAUGUGUAUUUCUUGUUUUUUUUUCCCCAUUAAAAAUGAUAUCUAGUUCUUUC